ACACUGUCCUCAUUCAUACAAAAAAAUUAAAGUAAAAAGUAAAUUUGACCAAAGUAAAAUUUUGGCAUAUACAAAUUAAAUUAAAGAUGCAUUGCUCGACGAAACAAAAACAGGAAAACGGGGUGUGUUGAAUAAUAAAUUAAAUGCUGCAUCAACAAACGUAGUACACAGCAGCAGUCCAUGGCAAUAUUAAUUUGUGUAUGAUUUCGAUUCGUGUGUAUAAUAUAACAACAAGACAAAUGCGAAAAUUUUAUAAUUUUUAUCAGUAAAAAGUUCAAUGAGUAAACACAAAACGAGAGAAGGCAUUGCUGAUAAUUUAGGCUGUAGAUAUUGUUAAAUGAACAAAGCUGACCAAACUGGGAUUAGCAUUGAAAAUCGCAUACCAGAUAUUUACACACAAGCAAGCACACACACACACACACUAUUGCACACGCCCGCACACGCACGCACGCACACACACAAGCACUCGUUACAUUUGACGGAAGCAUAAAAAAAUUGCAUUGGCGACAGAGACGCUGGCAGAGAACGCUGGACUUGGAAUGCGGGCCUCCAUUCCGCCGGGCGUACGUGUUGUACGCGGUCCAAAUUGGAUAUGGUCGAAUCAAGACGACGGAGAAGGUCACGUUGGCACCGUUUGCGAAAUAGGACGUUGCGGCUCAACACAUUCACCAGAGAACACUGUUGUUGUUAACUGGGAUUCUGGACAUCGCACCAAUUACAGAGUUGGCUAUCAAAAUCAAUACGAUCUAAUCAUUGUGGACAAUGCACAAGUUGGUGUUCGUCAUUCGAAUGUUGUAUGUGAUGGCUGCUCGAAGGGCAUAGCGGGGAUUGUGUUCAAGUGCGGCCAGUGCACCAAUUAUCAUUUGUGCGCCUUCUGUUACGGCGCCAAUCUGCACGAUUUGGAGCACACCUUUGUCCGCUACACAACACCCACAUCUCUCGGAGUUCGCGUUCCGCCACGCAAAGGUUCACAGCGCAUUCAGUUGCGGGGCAUCUUUGUCAGCGCAAAGGUUGUGCGUGGUCCGGACUGGGAGUGGAACGAUCAGGACGGCGGCGAGGGGAAAACCGGGCGUGUUAUGGAAAUACGUGGCUGGGACAAUGAAUCGUGUCGCAGUGUAGCCAACGUAUCUUGGGUAACCGGUUCAACGAACGUCUAUCGACUGGGUCACAAAGGCAACGUCGAUCUAAAGUAUAUAACAGCGACUUGCGGUGGUUAUUACUACAAGGAUCAUAUGCCUGUCUUGGGUCAGACUGAGGAGCAGCAGCCAAUUGUGGCGAUGGUGAAGCCCAGCUUUUCAGUGGGCGAUCGUGUUAAGGUCUGCCUAGAGGUGGAUGCACUGAUGAAGCUGCAGCAAGGUCAUGGCGGUUGGAAUCCGCGCAUGGUCGAACAUCUGGCCAAGCUGGGAACUGUGCAUCGAAUAACCGAAAAGGGUGACAUACGUGUUCAAUACGAAAAUUGUCCCAAUCGGUGGACGUUUCACCCCGCCGCUCUCGUCAAGGUUGUGUCGUUCCGCGUGGGCGACUUGGUGACCAUCAUCAACGAUGCCAACAAGGUGCAGCAGUUGCAGAAGGGACACGGCGAAUGGAUCGACAUAAUGCGCCAUGCGCUGGGCAAACUCUGCAAGGUAGUCAAGGUGUACAUGGAUGGCGAUCUGCGCAUACAACAACUCCACGACGGCUUUGAGUGGACGCUCAAUCCCAAAUGUGUAAAACUGGAGCGUUCACCACUGGCCACAGCUGCCGAGCGCUCCAAUAGCAUGAUGGACUUGAGCCAUCGACGCACCGAUCAUGUGAUGACACCGCUCUCUGGUCUCUCCGGCAGUUCUGUGGCGGACAAACUGGUGCGCGAGGCAGCCCAAGGCCAUCUGGAGUUUGUGAAGCAAUAUCUUGACAUGCAUCCCGCGCAAGUGGAUGUGAUGAGCGGUGGCAAGGCGUGCAUACAAGUGGCCUCUCAUCAGGGCUACGUCGAGUUGGUCACCUACCUCAUCUCCAAGGGCGCCAACGUCAAUGUGGUGGACAAAGAAGGCGACUCGGCGCUGCAUUAUGCCGCCUUUGGCAAUCAGCCAGAGACGAUGCGUGUGCUACUCGAGCAUGGCGCCGAGGUGAACUUCCUCAACUCUAGCCACUGUUCGGCAUUGCACAUUUGUGCGCACAAAAAGACGCCGCAUUGCGUGCGCGAACUACUCCAGCACAAUGCCAAUGUUAAUAUACAGGACUCGUAUGGCGAUACAGCGCUUCAUGAUGCCAUUGGCAAGGAGAACACUGAGGUCGUUGAGCUGCUAUGCAAUGCACCCAAUUUGGACUUUACGGUAAAGAACAAUCGUGGCUUCAAUGUGCUGCAUCAUGCGGCGCUCAAGGGCAACGUGGUCGCGGCACGUCGCAUCCUGCAGCUUUCGCGGCAGCUGGUCAAUGUGCGCAAGGACGAUGGCUUUGCAGCGCUGCAUUUGGCCGCACUCAAUGGACAUGCCCAGGUGGUGGAGACGCUCGUCACGGAGGGACAAGCCGAGCUGGACAUACGCAACAAUCGCCGGCAAACGCCAUUUUUGCUCGCCGUGUCCCAGGGACAUGCAAGUGUCAUUGAGCGGCUGGUGAAGUUGUCGUGCGACAUCAAUGCCAAGGAUGAGGAUGGAGACAAUGCCAUGCAUUUGUGCGUCCUCAAGAAGUCCAAUUUGCAACAAGCCGCCGAGCCAGCCAAGGAGGAGGCGCCCGAAAUACAAAAGUUCUUUGUCAGCCUCUCACAGACGAGCAUACGCAACGAGGAUCGUCUGAUGUACAGCAUUCUCAUCUAUUUGUCGCGUCAUGGUUGCCGUGUGGAGCUCAACAAUGCCAAUGCCAGUAUUUUCGAAUGGAUUACCGAUCGCAAUAUACGACAGUUGAUCUUUGGCCAGCAAAGCGCUGGCGGAACUGAUGAUGCAAUCACCGCAACCACGACAACGACGACGACAGCAGCACCAACGCCACUUCAACGCAAUAUGCAAGCGCUUGACAUUGGCGGCGCAACGGAUGAUGCGUCUGCCGUUGAAGUGGGUGAAGAUGCCGCAGCAACAUCUACAGCAGCUACAGCAUUGUGUCUACCUCCGCCAGUGACGCAACCAAAGCCCAGCGAAACGGCAGCUGGAGGCAUGCAACCAUCGCCGGGCACCAAGAAGCUUAAUUCGGAUGCUGCCACAACAAGUGUGUCGCCACAAGUGGCGCCACGCAAGAAAGCACCAAAACCGCCAGUGCCAACAGCAGCAGCGACGCUCGAGGCAGCAACUGCUGCUGCGGCUGCAUUGCCGGGUCUAAUCUCUGGUCAACAGGAGUGCAUUGUUUGCAACGAGCCGCUGCAACUAGUGCGUUUCGAGCCUUGCCUGCAUCAGAUUGCUUGCGAAGAGUGCAGCAUUCGUAUGAAAAAGUGCCUGCGUUGUGGUGUUGUCAUCGAGCGGCGCUUGGAUGCGAACGGUCGUCAGGUGACAGCUGCGCAACAGCAGUUAUCCUCCACAUCAUCGCCCAGUGAUCAGGCCCGUUUGCCAUCGGGAGAUCUGUUGCGCUAUCUGGAGAACAAGGUGCAAGAGUUUGAGGAGUCGCAUUUCUGUGGCAUUUGCAUGGAACGCAAACGUGAUGUGGCCUUCCUGUGUGGGCAUGGCGCCUGCUCCCAUUGCGCCGAAACAUUGCGCACUUGCCACAUGUGCCGCAAGACGAUAUUGAAAAAGAUUAAUCUGUAUUGAACGCGAGGAGAUAAUUCAUUCAGUGAUCUGGCAAUUUUGCAACCAAAGUGGCUUGUAUAUAUACAACAAACAAACAAUGAUGAUGAGCGUUAUAGUUUCCAUAUUUGAUGUGUCGUCGUGUCAUCGCCGCAAGCAAAUAUGUGCUUAUUUCUAUUUACUCCCCCCACAAUUUAUUAUUUAUUCAAUCACGCAACGAAUUUUUUCUGUUUUUUUGGAGAAGCAUAUAUACAUACAAACAUUUACAUUUACAUAAAAAAAACCAUUUUUGCACUCAGAACAAAACCAAUCACGACCAUACAAUUCUCUAGUUUAUUAUUAGUGUCGUUUAACGAACAACGAGCAACUAACUAAAUGCGAUUAGAUGUUUAAUAA